AUGCUCUUCGGCCAUAAAAGAGCUCUACCGCUUCUGCACCUGCUCUUUCGAUUCCCCAACACACGCAUACUUUGCACGAUUCCGCCAACAGUUUUCGACUUCAACCUCCUUCAUCCACUACCCUUGCGCCUUGAUUGCUUUGUUGUGCUGGUCACAACAUCGUCUUUCCUAUUCCCACGUUACUCGACAGCCUCUUCAGAUCUCUCCUUCUUCACCAACUACUCUUCCCCCUCCGGCCUAAUCCUAGCCACAAUGGUUCGAAACACCGCCAACCUGACCAUCUCUCCUGUUCGUCCUGGUCGUAGGACCGACAACCUUGCCUCGCCAUACCUCAAGACCACCCCAGCGGAGUAUCCUUUCCCAUCUGCCGGAUUCAACACCACACCAUCUGGUCCUGUCUAUCCGGCUCACGUGCUGGAUGCUCGGUCUGCCUGGCCUGCCAAUCUCAACCCCCAGGAUGAUCACGAAAGCGAGCAAGCAAACCAGAUCUACGAUUUCUCGCCCGCUCUGUCUUCUCAGAACGUCAACAGCUCCGAUUCGUUCAAUCCUCUCGAACAAGAGCUCUUUGGCGACUACGAUCUCGAUUUGAAUCAGUUCAACGGCAUCCAGAACACGAUUCCAGAGCUGCCAGAGGAGACUGGUCUUGCUGGUGACGCUGCUGUUCCCGCCCAGGCUGUGGCUCCUCCUGCUACAACUGCUAAUCAUGUUGGUCAAGAUGGCAGUAGCAAAGCUACAGCUCACAACGAACAGCUUGCAACUCCAGAUCUUACUCCUCCGCAGCAAGCUGGAUCUUCGGUUGUGGAACCAGCUGUGGUCAUCCUAGACGAUGAACUGGAUCCAACGCCUCCCAGCGCUGCUUCUGGCAACAGUCGAAAGCGAGCUCGAUCGCCUUCUGUUGUCGAAUCUGAGCCUCCCAAGAAGCGAAAGCAAGCUAUUCGGCAGUCCAGAGCGACUCGUCUCACACAGACGUACAAGGGUAAUCCCAAGGAAAGCUGGAAAGCUGUCAAGCAGCGGACUGGGAUGUCCCUUGCUGUUCCUGGUGCAAAGCGUAUCGAUCUCCCCCCAGCGAAUGUUCCAUGGCCUGGACGCCAGCCACAACUCUACGAUAUACAAGCUCGUUCGUAUGAACCGGAUUGGAUGCGAUUUCAGCAAGAGCAAGCAUGGAGAAAUCAGGGCGAUUACGCGUACCAGAACCAGUAUGGCUCGCACGGCAACUUUGAGCAGUACCCAUCAGGAUUCGGUCAGUAUAUGCCUGGUACACAUCAGCAAGCAGGUCUUCGGAAUCAGAAUCAGCCUUUCCAGUAUCAGCAACAGAGCCACAAUCCAUCCCACGGCAGCUAUAGCCAGAACAGAAGCCACCAGCAACAGCAAGGAGAGUUCUACCAGCAGAACUAUGGUCCAUACGCCAACAAUCGCCCUCAGCAACGCGACAAUGGCUGGAAUGCACCACAGAAUGAUCCGUUUGCCAGGCAAAUGCAGCAAAUGCAUAGCAAUUUGCCCAAUCAGCAAGCAAACUAUGCUCAAAGCCAGCAAAUUCGACCUGCUCGACCGCUCCAGCAGCCGCUAUAUCAGCAGAAUCAGCCUUCUCGCAGCUACUCGUCCCAGUAUAGUGGUAAUACAUAUAUUCCACGCCAGACACAGCGCCAGCAGCAGUUCCUGCCACAGACUCCAGCUCGUCAGCUUAUGCCGACGAUGGCUCCUACUCCUGGAGCUCCUCGCCUACCUGCUACGUACGACACAGGCAUUAGACGUGAAGCUGGACGUGGUGGCCGCGGUGGAGGUCGUGGUGGUGUUGCCCAGGCUCGUCCCAGCCCAAUCAGCAUAGAUUCCCAAGGCAGCCCAGUUCCCAAUGAUCGAGUGCGAGAUGGCGCUACUGAGUUUGGAUUCCCGCAAACCAUCUUUUUCGGAGAGUCGGCCGUGCCACAGACGCCGACCACCCGGCCAGCGAAUCCAGAUCAGUGCUUCAUCAGUGUCCCGCGUGACCUCAUGUCGAACUUCGGCAUCGUGCCGGACCCUCUGGCGACUUCCACCAUCUUCCAGCAAGCUCCAGCUCAGGGCAAACGGACCAAUACAUCAGCUCUUGACAAUGUCAACUUCAGCUCCGGCGGGAUGAGCGACCAGCAGCUCGAAGAGGUACUGCUGAACGCCACUCGAGACGUCGCUGCUCCGGCUUUGCCAACUACGCAAGCCUACGAUGAGCUCGGUCACAACGUCGCAGAAGGCACUGGUGAGGCGGAUCUGGAUUUGCCUGUCGGUGAUUUUGAGCUGGAUUUGAGCCCUGAAGAUUUCGAGUAUGCCAGAACUGCAGAGUGGGCUGACUUCGACGGAGGAAGUCACUUCUAG